AUGCUUAGGCUUAAAAUAUUGCUCAGAAAUGCGGUAUCAACGAACUUGCUCCGAACCCAGACACGUUUGCUCCACGUUGGCGAAGCGAAUGUCUUGCCCAGCGAGGUGGACAAGCAAUCGGCCGAAUACAAGGACAAUGCCAGCGAGAUGGGGAAGCUUGUCACAGAGCUGCGCAACCUCACCAGCCAAGUGCUGACGGGUGGCGGUCAAAAGGCCAAUGAUAGGCACACCUCACGCGGCAAGCUGUUGGCCAGGGAACGCAUCAAUUUACUUCUGGAUAAGGGUUCGCCUUUCCUGGAACUUAGUGCUCUGGCUGGUCACGAAUUGUACGGGGAGGAAGUGGUCAAUUCUGGCGGGAUAGUAACUGGAGUGGGCCGGGUCUGCGGCACUGAAUGUGUGGUCGUGGCCAACGAUGCCACUGUCAAGGGUGGCAGCUACUACCCCAUAACUGUGAAGAAGCAUCUGCGUGCCCAAGAGGUUGCCCAGGAGAAUAGACUGCCGUGCAUUUAUCUUGUGGACUCCGGUGGUGCCAAUCUGCCGCGCCAGGCCGAGGUUUUCCCUGACAAACUGCACUUUGGGAGCAUAUUUUACAACCAGGCAAACAUGUCGGGCCAUGGCAUUCCCCAAAUUGCCGUUGUCAUGGGAAGAUGUACGGCCGGAGGAGCCUAUGUCCCCGCCAUGGCGGAUGAGAGCAUUAUUGUGAAGAAACAAGGAACUAUUUUCCUGGCUGGUCGUCCAUUGAAUUAA